AGCUCCCCUCAUCUGCUAGGUCCAGCUUAUAUGUGCAGCGCUGCUUUACCACCGGCCGUUACCCACCGCCUUCCCCCUCCUCUCCUCCCCAGCACGCAGUGAGGAAGAUGGAGGGGAGGGGAUGGGGAUGGGAGGGAUGAGCAAUAAAGAGCAGGGACCCUGCACAGUCUGAGAGGAGCAGUAGGAGAAACAGAUAGAGAGGGGAAAUAAAGGAAGGAAAGAGAAAGAAGAGAAGCAGGAUCCAUCUGCAUUGUAUGGAUUUCCUAUUGGAGCAAGGAGGGACAUGUACAGGGAGGGACACUGAAGGUUCCUGUCAGUGUGCUGGUGAGAACAGAAGAGAGAAAAACAGAGUGUGACAGAGAAGAGCUGUGCAGGGUGUGAGCCUGCGUGUGUGUGUGUGCAUUAUGUGCUUUGGAUUCGUUGAACCUGUGUGACGGCGUCUCUAUCGGAAGGUUUCAGAGGCAGCCAGUUGAAGUGACUCGCCUGAGCGCCUCCUCUGUGUUGUCAUGCUCAAUGCCUGAUGUGCUCAGAGGACACAGGCAGCUUGGGAGACAGUGAGAGGGACGUGAUGGCCGGACGAACCCUGACUUGGAAAUGUAUCUCCAGAUUUUCGCCGGGGCUUCUGUUGGCUUCUCCUCCUCUUCAGCCCUCAUCAGUGUCCUUGCUGAGUGUCUCCUUGAGGCUGCCUGCCUUCCUGCCACCACACUCUCUGAACGGAUGCUGCUGUCACCACACAUGUAAGGCUUGCAAUGAGAGCCCAUGAUCUCGACUGGACUGCAUUCAGCUCUGGGGGUUCUGUGCCAUGCUGCUUUAGAGUGACACUAAUGCAUUUUUAAAGACCUCACCUUUUCACUUUACAGCUGCUGUUCAUCACAUUCUUGAUGACGUAUGAUGCGGGACAGUUAUUCUCAACCGAAUGAAGAGAAUGGACUAAGGAACAAAUAAGAUGCAGGCGCUGCACAUAAAAAUAAGGUCAAGUGAAUAAUCACCAUCAGGAGUGAGGCAUCUGACACCAUAAUGAGGAUUUAUUUGCCUCAGUAGCUGCACAUAUGUGCAGUGGAAGGAUUUUGUAUUGGUUGCUUUCUAGAAACAAAAGAGCUGGUUGGACUGUACAGUGUGCUGGAGGUUGUCAGAAGGAGUGGGGUUUUUCUGUAUCCUGGAGACAUGAAAAUUACAGCUAGCAAAGAUAUCCAUUACUGAAUUUAAAAUCCGAAACAAAGAAACCGGGAUCUGGGGGAUGGAUGAAACCAACCGCCCCUCUGCUGUUGUAUCUCGUGAGGAGAAACUUAAUCUCCGUCCUUCGUGACCACAUGAGUGGAGGCAGCGCCCUGCAUCAACGCACCACCUACCUCAUCUCCCUCACCCUGGUGAAGGUAGAGGCUGUGGAGGAGAAUGGAGGGGAGGCCAAGAACAGCAGCCAGGGGAAAGAGGUAGAGACCAGGCCAGGAGAGGAGGCUGGGGCGAGAGCAGAGGGCGACGGUGUAGCUGCUGCACGAGCUGAGAAUGGAGCUGGAGUGGUUUUACGACAACCGCAAAGAGCUGAGGAUGCUGCUGCUAUAAAAGGGGGGAAGUUAAUUGAUGAACUUAAAGAUGGAGAGAGAGACCUCCUCAGCCCUCAGAAAGACAACCUACCCUCCAAAGGUAGUGACAAGCCACCGGGCACCCUCUCUAUCCCCUCACCUGCUGAGAGGACAACUCAGAAGACAAAGUCUGCAGAGAUAAACUUGACACGAGUCGAGAAAGUGCUUUCCACCCCAGAGGCAAAGCAAUGUGGGUCGCCAUCUCUCACCACAACACCACCAAUGGAGGUAUGUAUCCAGCCCAACCGCACCCCAACCAGGACCAGCCUCCCUAUCCGUCCAGCAGGACAGCGGCCUGUGAGUCUACUGAAGUCUCACAGCAGUGUUGCCACCCGUGGCCGUGACUCUAGGGAAGGUAGAGAGCGCAGCCCUACCUCAGCCCAGAGCCUUGACCGCAAGGACUGCCGCAUGCCAGCACGCUCACCGGGCCCCUGCAGAGCCUCUUGGGCUGAGGCGAGCAGACCUGAAGCAUGGAGGGACCUCCGGGAUGAAGCUGAAACUGGGAUACCUCUAGAGACUGGAGGUGGCAUGGCUGCAGUUAUGAGAGACAUUCCCAGGAAGGACAGACUGAAGGCAGGUUCAACCUCCCUACCUGCACCUGCUACCCAGCCCCCCAAAACAACACGGAAGGGUAAAAGCCGUACACUUGAUAACAGCGACUUGAACAGCCUCUCUGAGGACCUGGGGCUGGCCAGGGAAGCCCAGCAGACACAGCAGGGCCAACGAGGGUCAGCUAAAGACAGGAAGAUGCUCAAGUUCAUCAGUGGCAUUUUCACAAAGAGCAGUUCAGGGGGGUCAUCCUCCUCAGCACCGCCUGUGUAUAUACAGAGAGACUCCAGUGAGGAGGAAGUAAAUAUUGCCAACAGCCAGGAGUGGACCCUGAGCAGAUCCAUCCCAGAGCUCAGACUGGGCAUUCUGGGAAGUCUGAAAAGUGGCAAGUCAGCGCUGGUGAACAAAUACAUCACAGGCAGUUAUGUUGCACUUGAGAAAGCUGAGGGUGGCAGGUAUAAAAAGGAAGUGCUUGUGGAUGGACAGAGUCAUUUAUUACUGAUCCGGGAGGAAGCUGGGCCACCUGAUGCACAGUUCAGCAGCUGGGUUGACGCAGUGAUCCUGGUCUUCAGUCUGGAGAACGAGGCCAGUUUCCAGGAGCUCUACCAGCUCUACAGCCAGCUCAGUGCACAGCGCGCAGACAUCCCAGUCAUAGUGGUGGGCACCCAAGAUAAAAUCAGUAGCACCAACCCCCGUGUGAUUGAGGAUCAGAGAGCCAGACAGCUGUGUAUUGAUGUACGUCACUCGCUGUUCUACGAGACCUGCGCCACCUAUGGGUUCAAUGUUGAUCGAGUGUUUUCAGAGGCUGCCCAGAAGAUUGUAGCUCAAAAGAAGCAGGCAGCGCUGCUCGCCUGCAAGUCUCUUCCUAACUCACCCAGCCACUCCGGAGGCUCCACACCUGGAUCAGCUUCGUUCCCUGGCCAGGCCAGUAAUGGCCCCAGUAGUGGCUACGCCUACUCCCUCCCCUCCACCCCUGUGGUCAGUCACAGAGAGCUGAGGGUUGCAUCUGGAGAGGGGGGAGGCAGUGUCAGCUCACGUUCGCUGAAGAGCAUCCCAAGGCGGCCCUCCCUCUUCAAGAACCGGGACACGGAUAAGAAAGCUGGUGAUCCUAAAGGAGACCUGGGCAGCGUGCGGGGCGUUCCUAUCAAACAGGGCAUCCUGUGGAAGAGAAGCGGUAGCUCUCUGAAUAAGGAGUGGAAGAAGAAAUAUGUCACCCUGUCCAACAAUGGCACGCUGUCUUACCACUCUAGCUCCAGUGACUACACACAGAAUAUCCAUGGAAAGGAAAUUGACCUGCUUCGUGUGACAGUAAAAGUUCCUGGGAAACGUCCUCCGAGGGCUGUUGCCCCUAUGGGCCCCUCACCUGCCCCACCUGGCUCUGUCGCUGGAGUGAAUGGUCUGAGUAAGGAGCUGACAGCCACUGAUAGCACCGCUACAGUUCCUCAGUUGUGUCCAGCCACUCUGUCUGUGGUGGACGAUCGGUCUGGUGGUUUUUCUCCUCAAGGCGGGGAAAGAGGACUUCAGCGCUGCCCUUCCUCAUUGUCCACCAAGGCACAAAGUGUCGAUGCCCUUGAAGGGACAGCCAGUCCUUUUACUGGAAAAGACCCCAGCCAAUCAUCUCCCAUGAGCGACAGGAAGAAGAACAGGAGGAAGAAGAGCAUGAAUCAGAAAGGAGAUGCAGCCGUUGGGCAAGCUGAAGCCAAACGCAAAAUGUGGAAAUUAAAGAGCUUUGGUAGUUUGAGAAACAUUAAUAAGACAGAGGAGGAGAACACAGACUUCAUCAUAGUGUCGUUUACGGGGCAGACGUGGCACUUUGAGGCUCAGAGCCUGGAGGACAGGGACUCAUGGGUGUCAGCUAUAGAGAGCCAGAUCCUGGCAAGUCUACAGUCCUGUGAGAGCGGCAGAAACAAGGCACGGAGGAGUAGUCAGAGUGAGGCUGUAGCACUUCAGGCCAUCCGUAACGCCAAGGGUAACAGCCUGUGUGUGGACUGUGAGGCACCAAAUCCCACCUGGGCCAGUCUCAACCUGGGUGCGCUGAUCUGCAUUGAGUGCUCAGGCAUCCAUCGAAAUUUGGGAACUCACCUGUCUCGUGUUCGCUCGCUGGACCUGGACGACUGGCCUGGAGAGCUCACACAAGUCCUGGCUGCCAUCGGAAACCACAUGGCCAACACCAUCUGGGAGAGCUACACCCAGGGCAGAACCAAACCCACACCUAAUGCAACUCGUGAGGAAAGAGAAUCAUGGAUUCGAGCUAAGUACGAACAGCGGGCAUUUGUGGCACCUCUUCAGCCGGCCUUGGGGAACCAGCUGCCAGAUGACAGUAUGCCAGUGCGGUUGCUGUCCGCGGUGAUUGAGAGAGACCUGCCCAGAGUGCUGCUUCUUCUGGCCCACAGCACUAAGGAACAGAUCAAUGCUCAACCAGCCGGGUCACCUUCGCUGCCUCGCACGGCCCUGCAUGCUGCUUGUCAGCUGGGAGAUGUAGUCAUGACCCAGCUGCUCGUUUGGUAUGGAAUCGAUGUAAAAGCAAAAGAUAACCAAGGCCAGACAGCCAUGAUGAUGGCCAGAAAAACAGGAAGCAAAGGCUGCACUGAUAUUUUGCUCCAACACGGCUGUCCCAGUGAGACGUCACCCACCACUGCCACACCCAUCCUUUCCCGCCGGUCUAGCACCGCCAGCCUGGGCCGGACCAGCUCCAGGAAACGGGUGUCAUAGCGUGGACUCAAGACACCACCACCCAAGGGCUUCUGACAGCUGGAGGAUGCUCAUAGUUUAGUAACCUUUAGGAUACAGGCACAGCUGACUUUGGAGGAGGGGUGUACUAUAAGAAAAAUAACAGGACUAUAUCAUGGUACAAAGGAUAACAAAUGCGUCUGAAGACUGAACAACAUAUCAACCAACUUAAAAGCAAUAUUCAUUUAGUUUGUCGAUGGCAGAUAUAUUGCUGAAAUACUGUGUUGUUGUUGACCUCAUUUCUAAAUGAACCUUGUAGCGCUCUUCUGUAAUUUUAGAGCAGGCAGGUGAACUGCUUCUGUUUCACUUCCUCCAGGAGAAGUGCAAUAAUCCAGCUAUGACGAUGACAAGCAGAAAGUUUGAUGUCGGAUUCCCGUAAGGUCACUGUAGUGAGAGAAUCAAUACCUUGAGCGGGUGAUGGUACUCAGAUUUGUUGUCACUGGACCAAAACAGUGACUUUCUUCCUUUGGCUUUACACAUAAAACAGAAGCCUACAAUAUGUCAUGUUGUUAGUUCUGUGUACCUGUCGCAGGUCAGUUUGGCCAAUAUUAAUUGUUUCAGUGACAAAUCAGCUGACAUAAUUCUGCUUAGACUAGAAAAAUGAAUGGUUUGGAACAUGAAAUGUGUCAGUGUUACUCUCAAAGGUCAAAGGUAUAACAAUUUAAUAUACUGUAAAUGUACCUAUACUACAUGCUUAAUGUUAAACUCUGUAAUGAAGACACAACUGAAAAAUGAAACUCAGUUUUGUAAAUGAUUUCUUACAUGUAGUUUUAAAAAUGUCAGGUUUGUUUUUUCAUUGUCUUUUAUCAUUUUUACUCUCUCAUGUCAUAAAAACAAAAACCUGUAACAAAUGCUUUUAAACAUAUGACUAUUUGUUAAAAGUUUUAUUCGAGAUGACCAAAUGACUACAUGAAGAUUAUGACAUUAUUCACAUGCAUAUUACUGUUGUGUAGGUCUACUCCAUGAGUCCACAGUGAAGUGUGAAACGGUUUCAAGUGUCACUGUUACUUCUGACACUUCGUGGGUCAUGUGAAUCCCUCAUGAGCUAAAAGCAAU